AUGUCACGUAAGGGAAGAGAUUUCAUGUCGGACUUUGUAUCGGAAUUAAUGGACAAGACUGUGGAAGAAGAAGAUUUGAUUAAAUCUUUAAGUCAGAAUUUGGGGAAGAACAAAGAAAAGACUAAGAACAGAGACAGACUAACCAGCUACAGAUUUAAUGGUAGGGAGAAGAAAAGCAUAAAAGACUACAAGAGUUUUAUCAACUGUGAUAGAAAGGAUGAGGACUAUCGUGGACAGACGCCUUUUCACAUUGCCAUAGCCAUGGCCAAUCCUUACACGGGUGAUGGGCAAGAUCUAGUGGAAGCCAUGAUUGACACACUUGAACGUAAUGAUAUGCUCCGAGAGACGAUGGAAUGUAGAGUUUCCGGAAAGAAAUUAAGAGGUACUAUUAUGUUAGGAGGGACGCCUUUGUCCAUUGCUGCUUUGGAUAAUAAUGCAACUGUAGUUGACCUUCUUCUUGGAAAAAAGGCUAAUCUAAUUGACACGGACAGUUGUGGGAAUACAGUUUUUCACUCGAUGGUCCUGUACGCAUCUUUCCACCCAGAAAAAGUGCCUGAUAUUCUGAGUAUGUUUGACAAGUUGGCAAAACACGAUCAAUCGAAGUACAGACAAAAUGUACAACGAGAAAAUGCCCGAAAACAAACUGCACUCCAUCUUGCUGCUGAACUGGGUCUGGACAACGUGUUUAGUCACAUCCUUGAACUGAAGGAUGCAUACAAGUUCUUCUUUAGUCAUGACGGUGUUUUUGAGAUCUACGAAUGUGAUAUAACAGAGCUUGAUAAGGCAACCUGGGAUAGAGCCGAGUUGUAUUUCUUGGCAACCCUUCCAUCUAACAAAACUGCAUCACAAUGGAGUGUACCGAUGCAUUUUGUGCUAUUUGGUUUUGCAUUACUGAUAGACGCGUCGUGGAAUGUUGGAACUGUUACAAACAAUUAUUGUCUGGUAAUAGCAUUGAUCCUUGGUUGGUGGUCAACAACCUUCUUCCUGCGUGGAAUCAAGCCUUUGAGCUACAUAACACUGAUGUUACAAAAGGUCCUCUUUGGAGAUAUGGUAAAAUUUAUACCAAUCAUUUUAAUAAUGAUAGUGGGAUUUACAAGCGCAUUGCACAGCUCGUUUGCGGAAACUCGUCCUGAGAUGUUUGGUAACUUCUCUGUCAGCCUACUAACCACGUUCAGUCUGAUGACUGGUCAAGGACAGUUAGAACAACUUGAAGAAUCGAGCAAAGGGAUCUGUCGUUGUUUUUGCUGUUUCGGUGAUAGUCAUCCAGAUAUUUCUCCUCAACAUCCUCAUCGCCAUUAUGUCCACCACAUGCGAAAGUGUCGAGAAUUCAAACAAGCUCUUGUGGCUUCAGAGAUUGUCCAUUGUCAUAUUCAUUGA